UUACUAGUCCAGUCCCGCUCCGCCUCUGAGCAGGUAUUCCCAUUAGGAAGCUGGCGCCCGCUGCAGUCAGAUAAGGCUUUCAGCUGAGCGUCCCUGAAGCAGCAGAUGGUAAUGGAGUGGUGGUGGACUGGCGUGCUCUGUCACCCGGGCUGGGUGGUCAGCACCGUGGUUCUGGGGCUCGUUGUGAGAAUGCAGAGGAAGGGGUCCUGGAACCCGCGAGCCUGCCCCGUGGAUCUCACCGGCAAAACUGCUAUCGUUACCGGAGCUAACACAGGCAUCGGGAAGUUCAUCGCUCUGGAUUUGGCUCGCAGGAAGGCGCGGGUGAUCCUGGCGUGCCGCAGUCAGGAGCGAGGCCAGGCCGCACUGGAAGAGAUCCGCAGGAAAUCACACAACAGCAACGUGCACCUGCAGCUUGUCGACACCAGCUCCCUGCGCUCCGUCAGAGACUUCGCACACAGAAUCAACAAGGAGGAGAAGCGACUGGACAUACUGGUCAACAACGCAGGGGCCUCCGGACUACCUAAAGCCAUGACCUCAGAGGGACUGGAGCUCUCCUUCGCCACCAAUCACCUCGGACCCUUCCUACUGACGCACCUGCUGCUGGAUCUCAUAAAGCGCUCCGCCCCCGCCCGCAUUGUCAACGUGUCCUCAGCCAAUCAUUGGCGAGGGGUGGUGGACUUCUCGCACUUCCACGGAGAGAACCUGACCUACCGGCUGGACAGCGUGUACAAUCACACCAAGCUACACAACAUCCUGUGCACCAGUGAGCUUGCCCGCAGACUGCAGGGCACAGGAGUGACUGCUAACUCCCUGCACCCGGGUGUGGUGAUGACAGAGGUGAUGAGACAUUAUAACUGGCUCAUACGAGCGCUCUUCAAUAUCGUGGGUUUCUUCUUCAUGAAGUCCUCUGAGGAGGGAGCAGUGAGCUCUAUAUACUGCGCGGUGUCGGAGGACGUGGAGGGGGUCACUGGGAAGUACUUCGACAGUGACUGCUCCCUGGUCCUGCCCGCACCCUUGGCCAGGGACCCUGCCCUCGCCAGGAAAGACUGGGAGGUGUGCAAGAGGCUAACCGGGCUCUCCGGAGGAAAGGACCAAUGAGCACUCAGCUCAUCACAGCUGAGACACACACACACAAACUCACGCCAGUCCUGCACCCAGUGAUUUUAUAUUCAUGAUAAUAGUUUGUAUUCAUGUUAAUGUUUUAUAUUCAGGUUAAUAUUUUAUAUUCAUGUUACCCUCACAGAUUGAUCUCUGCAGCGGUGACUGACAAGACUGGUAUAGCAUAAGACAUGAGGUAUUAGCGAUCAUCCCAUUUCCUUAAAGAUAUCAACUCCUUUACAGUGCACUAAACGUUCUUGUGAUAAGGAAGUGACCCCAACGCUCCCCAAUCAGGAAAGCCGUAGCAAAAUGUCGCAAAUAACAUUGAAUCAGCUACGUUGGUCAGUAAAACAUUGAAUCCUUUUGUAUGGAGAAUCUCAGUAGCUAAGGCUCAUGGUUCAUCAACUGAUUCAG